AUGGGCGUUAUAUUGAAAGACCUUACUUCACAAACUGAAAAAGCAAACCAAACAUACGAAGAGAUAGCAAAAAAUAUAUAUAGGGGUAAAGGUGUUGGGGAUGUUGGACAUGGUGAAGAUUACAGGUGUAAUUGUAAAUUUAAGCCAGGUAAGGAUAACCCGAGCAAGGCUUGCGGCGAAUAUACAAACUGUGUGAAUCGAGAACUUUUUAUCGAAUGCGUUGAUGGUGAAUGUCCUUGCGGAUCAUAUUGUCAGAAUAGACGAUUUCAAGAUGCCAAUUAUGCCAAAGUAGAUGUUAUAUUUCUUCCGCUUAAAGGAUAUGGACUAAGAGUAUUGGAACCGUUAAAAAAGAAUCAGUUUGUAAUGGAAUAUAUUGGAGAAGUUAUCAAGAACGACGUAUUUAUAAAGCGCAUGAAAAAGUAUAACGAAGAAGGGUUAAAGCAUUUUUAUUUCAUGUCACUUCAGGCUGGAGAGGUCAUUGAUGCGACGGAUAAAGGUUGUGUGGCCCGGUUUAUGAAUCACUCAUGCUCUCCAAACUGUUUUGUACAAAAAUGGAUGGUUGGAGAAAAAUAUCGAAUUGGAAUAUUUGCUCUCCGAAAUAUCCAAGAAGGGGAGGAAUUGACCUUUGAUUAUAACGCAGAACGAUAUGGAUCUGAAGCUCAGGCUUGUCACUGCGGUGAACCAAAUUGCCGUGGUAUUAUUGGAGGGACCAAAGAAACUGGUGAUUCUAUUUUAUCCCAGGACUUAAUCGAAGCUGAACAAUUGAAACCGAUACAAAAUUGUAAUGACGUAUUGCCUUUUAUUGGGCUUAUGCUUCGUUCAAUUGAAAAACCGGCGAUGAUACUAGGGCUGUUAUACAGGUUACGGAUUACAAAUGAUAUUAGUAUCCUUAAAAUGUUUAUGAAGUUACAUGGCUCUAUAAUGCUCAAAACAUAUUUACGUGAACAUAAGGACAAUGAUGAUAUUAUCGAAAAGACUCUCACAAUCGCAGAAAAAUUGCCGUAUAAAUAUAGUAACCGUCGCGUUGAGUCAUCACAUCUUAAAGAGUGGGUGAUGAAAUUCACGAGCCGAAAUGAUAGAAUCGGAGAACGUUGUCAAGCACUUAUAGAGAAAUGGCAGAGUCUUCCAGAAUUCUAUAAAAUUCCAAAAUACAGUGAGCGAGGUCUUUUACCUCCAGAAGCUCAAAAAAAAGAAGUAGAGGAUACGGCCAUGGACAUUGACACACCCAAAAAUUCAGAAACUUCUGAAUCUAAAGCAGAAAAUCAAACGACUUCCGAUGAAUACUAUUUCUAUGAGUCAGCACAUGACUAUUAUGUCCGGUUCACAGAUAGUCACUUUCCAUUUCAGAAUCUUUCUCAGACUGAUUAUUGGAUCUCUCAAAAGCUUUCUCCUCACAAAACAUCGCAAUCCGACUAUACCCAUUCUUCUUCGUCCUAUUUAAAUGAUCACCACAAUAAUCAUCACAACAGUGAACCUGGUUCUUCACGGUAUAAAUAUGAUAAAUAUUCAAACAAACAUUGGCAUAAUAAGUCAUAUGGCUCAUCACAAUCGCCGGCAGUCCCCCCACAGCCCGAAUUACCACCUCUUGCACCAAAUUGGUGUGAAACAAAUGAUGAAUAUGGUAAUGUAUAUUAUUAUAACAAGUAUACUAAAGAAACAACAUGGGAAAGACCGAUCGUAAAAGAUGACAUGAAAACCAUUGAUGGUUUUAGUAAAGCUGAACUGCAGGGAAUUAUCGAACGUGCAGAGGCUUUAGCUAAGAAAGCGGAGAAAGACAAGGAAAGGGCUGCUAGAGAACGUGCAGAAAGCAGUAAAUUAGGUUCAUCCUCAGCUUUAAAUAACAAUCUCAGCGAACGAGAUUUUAGAAAUGCUAUUGCAGCUACCGUGGUAGAUUAUUGUAGUAGAUUUAAACGUCACAUGGACGUUCAAACAUUUAAGAAGCAAGCCAGAACUUUAUCUCAUCUUGUGCAAGAUAAGGAACUUCGUCGAUCAGAAUGGCGCAAUGCGGUGAAUUAUCGCUUUACAGAUGAGGCCAAAGCUCGAAUCAAGAGUUUUGUUAUUGAUUAUAUGAGGAAAUUGAUUUCACGAAUAAAAUCAUCUUCUGAAAAGCAUGAAAAACAUGAAAAGCACGAAAAGCACAAAAAAUAA